AGUAAAAGAAUAUUGACUUUUCCCAUUCAUAAAGAAUCUAACAAUUUGUUAUUAAAUAUAUCUUACAAAUAUUUUUAAACGUUAUAUAAUGACCAAGGUUAAUUUAAAAUUCCAUUAAUUCGUAUCUAGUAAACGAGAGAUGACAAAAUAUACGAUUUCCCAGAUAAAUUAUGACGUAAUACGCUCUAUACGACUCGUCUGGCUUUAAACGAAAUUGAGAAUUUAUAGACAAAGGCAAGAGAUAGAUAAAGAGAGAGGGAGACAGAGGGGAAGACAGAGAGAGAAAGAGAGAUAAGAAAGGGAUUAGGUAAUGUAUAAAUAAUGAAUAUUAAAAACAUUUUAAAGGUUUUCCCCUCCUUCCUCCACCCCCACCCCUCCCUUAUGUUCAAAACAACAAUUCAUUGUAUAAGACUUAUAAAAAAAGCCAGAUGUUAGGUAAAAACAUCCAACUGAAAUUGGAGAACAAAUCUCGUAACAAAAAAAUAUGCCCUGCAGACUUAACCUGAUAUGUUUAAAUGUGUAAAACUGAGGAAAAUAAUCAGUGUAUUCAAGUUGAAAAAAAUAUCCAAAUAUGGUAGUCAAGUAAAAUCCUUUAUUUCGAGUAUUUUUAAUACGGAAAAGCCAAGAAAAAGUCAAUAAAAUUUAAGAAUGACCUCCUUUAUCUUAUUCAUUUAUCUUUUCUUUCUUUCAUUCUGUUAUUCACUCGCUCUUUCUUUCUCUUUGUAUAUUAAUAAUUCAAUUUUUCAUAGGAAAACAGAGCUUAGAUACUAAAUCAUAUUUCUUUUUAUCAGUUUAUUGUACUUGAACUCUUUUUUUUAUUCUAUUGGAGAUUAGAUACGACUAAUAUUGUUUAAUACUGUAAUAGAGGUAGUAUAUGAUCAAAAUUCUCCACCAUAUUUUUUUGGAAAUAAACUAUGGCCUACCAUAAUGAAGGAUACGAUAUGAAAGAGGAUAUUUAUCAUCAAAUAUGUUCAAUUUGUAAAGUUACUAAUUUUGAUGAAUAUUUAUGUUGUCUACCUUGCGAUUCAACUCGUCUUCUAUGCUUAAAAUGCUUUGAACGGCUAAUACGAACUAGUCGAAUGACAAUUAAUGAUAAAUUCCGUUGUACGUUAUGUAAUAAUGAACAUAAUUGGAGUGAGCUGAAUAAAACAGUUUUAUCAUUACUACUAAAUCCCAUUUGCGAGAGAAGGAAUGAUAAUUACUGGAAUGAGAUUUGUGAACAGAUGAAACAAGAAGUAAUCUUUGUCUUAGAUGAUCUUCAUAAAAGAAAAGAAUUAGAGUUGAUUUUGAUUGAUAGAGAACUAGAACGUCUUACCGAAAGAUUAAAAGUUAAGCGGGAUAUGCUUAGAAGAAAUCUUGAAAAGUUCUAUAAGAAUAAAGACAUGGAUUUGAAUGUUUUAUUAAAUUCGCUUAGAGAUUUUCAACUGAUCUCUUCUAAUAAUCAAGAUAAUUUUAGUUUGAAAGAAACCCAAACUCGCUUAAUUGAUCAUUUAGAAUCAAUUCUCAAUUAUUCAAUAAGAUUUGUUAAGACAAAUUCAAUCGAUUUAGGUCAUCUAACAAAGACUAUGAGUACGUUUAAUGGUCUGGAUUGCCAAUACACCUAUGAUGGCCUUGUUCAAGAUAUCACUUGUUCAAAAGAUGCUUUUUAUACUUUAACUAAAGAGGACCUUUCGAAUAAUCAGUACUUAUACAGGAUUUCGAGAAAAGCUCAAUGGAACGGCGAUAAUUUAUCAAUUAUACAAUGGAAAGAGAAUUCUGAAUCUACGUACAAACUGUCAGCUAGCGAUUGUCUAUUUCUUAUGAAAAUUAGUCCUAAAAUGAAUCUAAUGCGACUCUUACAAACUGAAAACAAUGUAAAGACUUUACAACAGAAUAAAGAUAGUUAUGAAUUAGAAAACAUUCAGUCUAUUCCAACAACAGAUGGCGUAGUAAACGCAUUGAAAUCAUCUGAAAAUUAUCUCUAUAUAUUGAGAAAUAAUUGUAAACUUAUAGAAAAAUGGAAUACGAAACAAUUCAAAAAAUUAUAUACAACAUCAUAUUUCAAAAAUAGAAUUAUCGAUAUGAGAUGCAAUUCAACUUCUGAUUUAAUACUUUUAUUGGAAAAUGGCACUAUUCUAAGACUUCAUUCUACCUCCACCCAUUUCGAUAGAAACGAACCUGCAAAUGAUAUAAUUUCAUUUCAAAAACAAAUAGUUUAUCCUCUAUGCAAUGGAAGUAUCCUUCUGAAUGAAAAUUGUGAAUUUAUUCAUGUUGUUAACGUAAACAAACGCUUAGAUACUGUUUAUCCGUUUGAUAAAGUUUUUCACAAUUGUAAACAAUUUGAUUACCAUUUGACCGUAAGAGGUGUCAUUUUUUACAUCAUUACUACUAAUAAUAUCUUAAUUGUUAGACAUUUUAGAGGUAAUGUUAUAUAAAUAAAAAGUCUAAAUCUAUAAAAAGCA